AUGAUGCGCGGGGCGCCCCCAACCGUGCAGCCGGCCACCGCACAGACCCAGAACAUCGCCGACCAGGUGAGGUCCCAGCUUGAAGAAAAAGAAAACAAGAAGUUCCCCGUGUUUAAGGCUGCGUCCUUCAGGAGCCAGCUGGUUGCGGGGACGAACUACUUCAUCAAGGUGCAUGUCCGUGACGAGGAAUUUGUCCACUUGCGAUUAUUCCAAAGUCUCCCUCACGAAAACAAGGCCUUGGCCUUGUCUAACUACCAGACCAACAAAGCCAAGCACGAUGAGCUGUCCUAUUUCUGA